CAGUCACCCAAAACGGGGUCAGGCCGGAGGUGGCUCUGGCCGGCGGGCGGGCGGGCGCGGUGAAGGAGCAGGGCGGGCGCGUCCUGGUGGGUGUGGGCGCCUUCCGAGCUCGGGAUAAAGGGCUGCCGGUGGCCAAGGAGGCGAAACAGAGCAGCGCCUCAGCUCCUCGGGCUCACCAGCGGCUGCCACUCGGAGGCGGGAGACCGUGCUCAUUCCGUGCCGCUGAGGGGGGAAAAGGCGGGAGGCCCCCACGUAGCCAGAGCGCGGGAGAAGUGGCCGCGCUGAGGGGAUAAGAAAAAAGGAGGGGGCGAGAAACUUGGACGAGCCAAAGUUUGCAGCAGGCGCCUGCUGGCUUCUCACAGGCCCGGAACCCGCCUUUCACCUCCUCGGUGGGAUAGGAGCUGAGGGGAGAAGGCGCGCUCGGCUCUCCCCUGAGCCGCGUAUGCACAAGCGAGACCCCAGAGAGGCCCGAGCAAGUCAACGUGGAAGAAGCCUUUAUCUUGGAGUUAACCCAGAGGAGUUUUUUUAAUCAUUCAUCAUGAAGAGUGUAGUGGAAGACUGCUUCAGAGUAACUGCCUUGCUAUUCAUAGCUCAAGCAGUUUCUGCUAUGGUACUCCCCAAUGCAACACUAUUUGAGGAGAUGCUAGAAAAAUACAUGGAUGAGGAUGGUGAAUGGUGGAUCGCCAAGCAAAGAGGAAAAAGAGCUAUCACUGACAGUGAUAUGCAAAGUAUCUUGGAUCUUCAUAAUAAAUUACGGGGUCAGGUGUAUCCACAAGCUUCCAAUAUGGAAUAUAUGACAUGGGAUGUAGAGCUGGAGAGAUCAGCACAAUCCUGGGCUGAGACAUGUCUUUGGGAACAUGGUCCUGCAAGUCUUCUUCCAUCCAUUGGGCAGAACUUGGGAGCACACUGGGGAAGAUAUAGACCUCUAACAUUUCAUGUCCAAGCAUGGUAUGAUGAAGUGAGAGACUUCAGCUAUCCUUAUCCUCAAGAAUGCAACCCUUAUUGCCCUUAUAGAUGUUCUGGUCCUGUAUGUACCCAUUAUACACAGGUGGUAUGGGCCACAAGUAGCAGAAUAGGAUGUGCAGUUAAUUUGUGCCAUAACAUGAAUGUCUGGGGACAGAUAUGGCCAAAAGCCAUUUACCUGGUGUGCAAUUAUUCUCCCAAGGGUAAUUGGUGGGGGCAUGCGCCAUACAAGCAUGGUCGCCCAUGUUCUGCAUGUCCACCUAGUUUUGGAGGAGGCUGUAGAGAAAAUCUUUGUUAUAAAGAAGGUUCAGAAAGACGUUACUCUCCAGAGAUGGAAACCAAUGAGAUUGAACGGCAGCAGUCACAUGUUCAGGAUUCAUCACAAAAUCGAUUAAGGUCACAUGCAGCAUCUGAUGAUGGUGACAGAAAUGAAGUCAUAAGCAAACUGCAAAUGUCUCAAAUUGUUUCCUGUGAAGUACGGCUAAGGGACCAGUGCAAAGGAACAACUUGUAAUAGGUAUGAAUGUCCUGCUGGCUGUUUGGACAGCAGUGCCAAAGUAGUUGGAAGUGUACAUUAUGACAUGCAAUCAAGCAUUUGCAGAGCUGCAAUACAUUAUGGCAUCCUAGAUAACGAUGGUGGCUGGGUUGAUGUUACCAGGCAAGGAAGAAGAAAUUAUUUCAUUAAAUCCUAUAGAAAUGGAGUUCAGUCAAUUGGCAAAUACCAGUCUGCGAAUUCCUUCACAGUCUCUAAAGUGCCAGUGCAAGCUAUCACUUGUGAAACAACUGUGGAACAAUUAUGCCCAUUUUACAAGCCAGCCACACAUUGCCCAAGGCUCUAUUGCCCUCACAAUUGCAUGCAGGCAAAUCCACACUAUGCUCGAGUGAUAGGAUCAAGAAUUUAUUCUGAUGCAUCUAGUAUUUGUCGGACAGCUAUACAUGCUGGAGUGAUUCGGAAUGAAGGAGGCUUUGUUGACGUUAUGCCAGUGGAUAAAAGAAGGAUGUAUACUGCUUCAUUUCAAAAUGGGAUUUUUUCAGAAAGUUUACAGAAUCCUCCAGGAGGCAAGGCAUUCAGAGUGUUUGCUGUGGUUUGAAGGUAACAAGUAAACUGUAAAAACAAAAGCUAAAUACAGUGCUUGGAAGAAGAGAAAGAAAAUGCCAUCUAAUUUCCUUCCUCAAGUUUGUAUAAAGAUGUAAUAUUGCUGUACAGAAUAUAUUUACUGUUUUCUGACUGAAAAGUGGUUUAACUGCAUGUAAAUCUUAAUGGGGGAAAAUCUGUAAAGUUAAACAUGGGAAAAUGCAUAUGAAAAACUAUGAUGAUAAAUAACUUGUUUUGAAUCCUGUGUUAAAUAUUGCUAUAUUUUCUUAGCAUUUAUUCCUAUGCAAUUCGUUUGAAGCUCAUAAAUGUUCCACAAUUUAAAAACAAAACAAAACUGAAUACAUUAUUAUGGUGUUUAUUAUUAUUAUUAUGGUGUUUUAUGUAUGCCACUAACAUUAACUGUAAAGGUAUAUCUAUGAUAGAUCUUAUAUCCACUGUAUAUAUCAUUUUUCAUUGCUUAAAAUUGGAAAAAAAUAACUAAUUCCCUAAACCAAGCAGUGAACAUAUAUUACUGCAGAAACACACAAAGUCAAAAGAAUGAGAUAUUUUGCCAUUUUUACACUUUUCUGUUUGAUCCAACUUUUUAAAAUGCCAGUUAAAACAAAUCCUGGUUGAGAGCAGUAUAUUUUUUAAAAUAUAAUAACUGUCUUGUUUUUGUAUCGUGCUGGUAAUUCAAAUCUUAAAAAAAAGCAGGAUCAGAUGCCACCAACUUGGUACAAGCAGUUGUUUACAUAAUGAUAUGUAAAA